AUGCUGAUAUUCGCACUCUUUUCCAUUUUCGCAUCACUUUUUCGGUUAGUUUAUCAGGUUUUUUGUGUCCUACUGUUUCACUAACUCUUGCCUUUUUUCGAGCGUUUUUCAAAGACUGACUAAUAGUAAACGUCGUGCAUUCCUAGAGCUUCAACUUUUUAGGCUUAGGCUUAGGCUUGAUCGAAUGCAGCUGUUUUUGCAUGACCGUCCCUAGUUUUAUGCCAUUCCAUGCUUAUCAACCUACCCGAUUCAUCAUCAUUAUUCCUUUUCAUUCCUUCAUUCAUUUAGAUGGAACAAGAACUUGUUGAUGUUGAUUGUCUCUUCCGUUUCUAGAAGCCUUCCUCCUCCUCCUCCUUCUCACUACUCGAAAUCGCUCAUAAAAUAGUCAUAAAGUAGUUGUAAAUCCGCUCUCCAUUCGUACUUUUGUGAGGUCUAGUGGUGGUCAUUAGGCGAAAGAGAAACAGCGGAAAAAAGUGCUUCUCCACUUUCUUUUCACUUGGAAAAACACUAGGUAAAGAAAAUAGGACGUUUCGCAACCGUUUUAUUGAUUAUUCUACAGCUGCUUGUUAGAAUAAGUUUCCGUUUCACUUUAUCAAUGUUUCAUUGACGCUCUUUCUGACCUUUCCGAAGUCGUUUCGCAACCGGACACUUUUCAAAAAGUACAACGUCGCCAAAAGAUUCAAAAAAGACGUUCCUCUUUUCACUUGUUUCCCUUUUUUUUGGCAGCAAAUUUACGGUUGCGUCACCCCGCGUUUACAGCGGGCGAAAGGAAGCAAUUUGGAGAUGAGAUCAGCGCGGAAAGCGGCGAUUUUUAGAGGAUUGGGCAGGGAGACGAAACGGUUUUCGGGUUACACACUAAAUUGGAAGUGAAUUUCAAGUCGGCCACCUUUAAAUCUCUAUAUCUCAAGAACUAUUGUUCAUUUCAAAUAGUUGUCAACUACAAAAUCGUUGGAAAUUUCAUGCUGAACAACUUUGUAAUUGAUCAUUUUGCACGAAACCGUUUCAUUCUCAAGUUAUAGUGUCGUAUUCGUCUCACUAUUACAAGCUCCAAAUCCCAUGGAGUUGAGACAUGGUCCUGAACGGUUCCUCAAAGUUUGGUCCUUAAAAUCCAUUUCUAGUUGAUCAAAAUGAACCAAAGGAAAGAAUAGUGUAAUAUCGUAGUGAUGAAACUGUGAGAAAAUGCUGUUGAAGUGCAUUUCCAGAAAGCGAUCUAGAAAAAUCUGCCGGUUUUAUGGAGAUUUUAAAAUUAUCAGCUGGCUCAUCAUAAGCAUUGAUAACAAGUUUCCAUCGUUCCAUUCCAGACCGUCACACUCCUUGUACCGCUCAAAAGACGUCUUCUCGUGCUUCCUACUGCACAGCAAUGAGUUUUUGGAAAAGUCGGGCAAUGUGCUCAUCGAAAACAUUGACGACGUGAACGAGUGUCUGCGGCGGUGCAUUCAGGCGCCGUUGAACCACAAAAUCAAGUGCAAGACGGUCAUGUACAAUGUGAACACGCAAAACUGUGUUCUCUCAAAGUACGCGAGACACGAACGACCCGUCAAGUGAGUUUUUCCGCGCAAAAGUCGAGGCACACGCACAAAUGUUAUUGCAGAAAGUCGAAAGGACUGCAGAUCGGCAUGUACGAGAACAAAUGCGCGAGUGCCGAGAACGAGACAGUCCGUCUCGCCGUGUUCACCGAACAAAUCAGAACGACGGCUGCUCCGGGGCUCCGCACCGCCGCUUUCAGUGCUAAUAGCAUCGUUCUGACGGGCAACACGACCACGAGUGCCCCGAUUGUGCUCACAAGCAGUGUUCCGGCGAUUCCGACUACCAACGAGCUCAGGUUCGACACUUUUUGAUUGAUAAUAGUGGGGGUUAAAAUAAACACCGCAAAUCUCGCUGAUUUUGCACUCCAAAGUCGGCAGAAAUUUGCGGGAAAUCCGGGGUGCGCACAGCUGAACGAGUGUUACCGUACACCAUAAAACUACGGUAUUUUUUUUGAAAAAAAUUUAAAUUUCUCGAUAAUAUUUGAUAUUUUUUUCAAAUUUCUUGAGUAAAUUUUUCAAAAAAAUUUUUAUGAAAAAAAUUUCAAAUAUUCUCAAGAAAUUUAAAUUUUUUUCAAAUUUCUUCGGUAAAUUUUCAAAAAAAUUUUUUUGAAAAAAAUUUCAAAUAUUCUCGAGAAAUUUUAAUUUUUUUCAAAUUUCUUCGGUAAAUUUUCAACGGUAUUUUUUUUGAAAAAAAUUUAAAUUUCUCGACAAUAUUUGAAAAAAAUUUCAAAUUUCUUGGGUAAAUUUUUCAACGGUAUUUUUUUUGAAAAAAAUUUUUAAUUUCUCGAUAAUAUUUGAAAUUUUUUUCAAAUUUCUUCGGUAAAUUUUCAAAAAAAUACCGUAGUUUUAUGGUGUACGGUAACACUCGUUCAGCUGUGCGCACCCCGGAUUUCCCGCAAAUUUCUGCGGACUUUGGACUGCAAAAUCCACGAGAUUUGCGGGUUUUCCGAGACUUUGGACGCGACAUUAGCGAAAAGCUGAAUUAUUAGCGUUCUGACUCUGAAAAUGUUGCAGACGAGUGCACGCGGUGAAGCAAUUCCCGUUGGACCCGAAAAAAGAGAACGUCAUCUUCAGUGUGAGCAUUUUUGAGCAUUCCGAGCAAAACUUCAAUGAAAUAUUGCAGAAGACGGUCUACGCGGAACCAUCGCUGCCGCCCAACAAGCGGAAUCGAGUCAGUUUUUCAGUUUUUCAUGUCCUACAAACAAGAGAAUCGUGUGAGACAGCAGAAAGAUGUUUCAGAAUGCAAAAGUGUUCCUGUCGCCUCGCCCCCUCGUGGAUUCCACGUCAUCUGUCGUGUCGGCAGUGCAACCGCAACAAGCGGAUGCCCUCGCGAUCAAGGAAAGACGGCAGAGGAGCGAGAAAGGUAGCGAGAAUUUGGGUAAGUACUCUUUUUUUCUUCUUUGAAGCUUCUAGAAGAGAUGUAUCAGUCAAGGACAAGAAAACUUGACGGAUAUUGGUGUUAUCCUGUUUUCAGUACUAUUCACGGUCUCCCAGGGGGCGCUAAUGCUAAACACAGUGCGCUCGUAAAUUGCGGAGUGUCGUUGUAAUUUUUGAAAAAUGCAGUUCAAUUCGAGUUAACGACCUUUAAUUCUUUUCUUUUGACUUAAAAAACGUCUAGAAAACAAUAUUUUACUGAUUGGAAACUGUUUUUUUACAGAAUUUAGAGUUUUUCAUGUUUUAGCGUCUUUUUCGCAUUUUGUCGAAACUUCAAACCUUUAUAUUUCAGCUCAUUUUGCAUUUCAUGAGCCCAACGAACGAUAAAAAUGUUCGCUGAAUUUUUCUUCACAAUAUUCAGGUUCCGGCGGUUGGUUUUCUUAAGCAGUUUUCGAAACUUAUUAGAAAAACAUCAAAAUCCAGGCCAAAACCUUCAAAUCGAAAUAACUCGGCUAAUUCUCAACGAUAUGCCAGAUUUCUGCUAUCAAAACGUAGCUAGUGCUCUAAUUAUUCAAAUCCAGGUUCCAGGCGCACAAAAAAAUAGCUGUAUUGUAUAGAAAACAUGGAAAGAACGCGAACGCCCGUUGAAAAUUAAUUAAUCGGCCGCCGCGUAAAUCGACACAGCCCGCCUGUUGCAAGUGCGCCCCAAUGAAAUCAUUCGCGCCGAGGGAGACCGUGCUAUUAGGAACUUUUAUAAAGUUAAAAGCAUGUCAGAUUAGAAAUGUGAAAACGAAAACGACGAGAUAGAAACCAGCACCUAACAUCGUUUUGACUUGUCUUAUGACACUGUUCUGAAACGGUAAGACUGUUUCCGUUCAUCUACGAAAGCGACGUCAUCUCCAGAGCAAAUCGUUCAUUUGUACAAUGUUCUGGCAGUCUCAACAUGAAAUCUGUCGGAUUGCAGCUAUUUGCUUCCUGAAGACCUCCAACCACGUGCUCGUCAAAUUCGAAGAGUCGCGAAUCGCGGGCGUCACUUUGGAGACGUGCAUGCGUCAAUGUUCGCUCAUUUCACAGUUCUACUGUGCCAGCAUCAACUAUAGCUUUAGUUUGAAGGUCUGUCAAAUAUAUAUAUCACGGCGACCAAAAACGUAGAAAGGGGCGUGGCCUAGCGUGCACGGUUUAUCACCAUUUUGGCGCGAAAUUCGAAAUUUAACGCCAUUUUUCAUGUUUUUCGUCAAAAAUUACCCAAAUUUUGUACGAUUUUGACGAUGUAAUUGCAUAGCUUUUUUAAAAUUAAUCAACGCGCACUUUUGGAGCUUAAAACGAGCCGAUUUCAUUCAGAAAUGAAUCGAUUGAAUCGAUUUUUAAGUUUUGUGCUGAAAAUGCACGAAUUUCAGUCAUUCGCCGAUACUUUUUGCCGUUUGAACGCUUAAAAUACUUGUAUUAACGUGCUUAAUCACUUCCGACACUCACUUCGUCUCAAAACUAUCCACAUCGGCCGGUAUGAAAAUUCCGAAUUGCGAAAUAUGCGAAAAACGUCUCAAACGCGGCGUUUUCACGAAAAUUUCAAUGUUUUCUCUCUUUAAUGUGCUUUCUUCUUUCGUCGAUAUCAAACACAAAAACAGCGGAAAAGUGCUGGAAUUGCGGCAAUUUUCAGAAAACGCGUCUCAGAUUAGGCCACGCCCCUUCUCUACACUUUUGCUCGCCGUGACAAGUAGAAAUUAGCAAAAAUCGAGUGGGUUCUCUUGCAGAUUUGUGUGCUGAGCGGCGGAAAUUUGCAUUUGAACGGCGGCGAGACGCUCAUCGCUUCUCGCGAUUUCGAUUAUUUUGAGAACACGUGUCAGCCACGUGGCACCACCACAACUGGUAGGGGAAAACGUGUGAAAUAGCUGGAGGGGGGUAGAAGUACGUGUUGCAGAGUCGUCAGUGGGUGUUUCCACGAAGAAAGAGUGUUAUCGGCUGUACAACAACUCCAUCUACAACUCUUUCGACGCGACAAUAGUCGGAGGACUCGCGGAUUUGGGUCAGUGUUGGAUGAUCCAUGUACAAAAAGUGAAAAAAAGCGAAUACUUUCAGAAAGCUGCGAAUCGGAAUGUUCGUGGUCGCACGUGCGUCGUCGCGAGAAGUGUCUGGGCGUGAAUUGGAUUGCGAGCACGCGCGGAUGCAUGCUAUUUCACAAACAAAUCGAUUACAACGUUCUGCAGCCCUCGUUCAAAGCCGUUUUCCUCGCCAACACGUGCACUUGUGAGUCUUGUUGGGUUCUAUAAAGCUCGCAUGUACAACAAACUGUAAUUCCAGACACGACUGACCAAGUUUCCGGCCGGCCUUCUUCAUCCAAAUCCGCAGAUCCCGACUAUUACGAUCCGACUCAUUGA